AUGACUAAAAUACCAUAUUAUAUGAAUUCAGGAGACAGAGGCAUAGUCAGGAGACCUGAGCAAAUGGGAAACAAUCUGGGUUUUGGACAAGAAGCUAGUGAAAAUAAGUCCAGAAAAGGUUCAAGGUCAGGAUUGCAGAUACUAGAGAAUUCAAAGAGUUCUGGGCCAAAAACAAUCAAUUAUGGAGCCACUGACCCUGUCCUAAAUGACAGACAAUUAUAUCCAACUUUUUCCCGGAUUGUCCCAGAUGAUCAGGACCGUUAUGCAGCUAUUGUUAAGUGUCUGCUCCAUUUUGGUUGGAACUGGGUUGGAGUCAUUACACCAAGUAAUGAUAGUGGGGACAUGGAAUUACUGGAACUGAGUAAACUGAUGAGCCAGCAUGGGAUCUGCAUUGAGUAUAUAAUUAAACUUUCCAUUAAUACAAGAAUUAAUAGAAGGAAACUUCAGGAGAUGAAACAAUUUACAGCUAGAAUUAUAGUAAUAUGUGGUCUUGGUUCCAUAUAUUUUGCUUAUUUUAUUUAUGAGAAUCAAGCUAUUAAUGAGGAUGUCACAGUAAUCCUCAGUGACGCGUGGACUAAUGUAAAAUAUUUUAAUGGUAUCUACUUCCCACCCAUAAAUUGUAGCUUAAUUUUUAUAUUGCCUCCUAAAAAAAUCCCCAACAUUAAUAAUUUUAUUCUCAAUGUAAACCCAUUUGAAAGACCUGAUGACCCCAUACUGGAAGAUAUUUGGCUCCUGUGUCAUCACUGUCUUUCACAAAACAUUUUCAAAAAUAAGUUAUAUCAGCUUAUGUAUAACGUUUCUGGACAUAAUUGCAGUAGGAAAAGUUAUAUUCCAGAGAAAUUUUAUGGCGUUGCACAAUCGAAGCCCCACUAUACAUACAUGUCAGUAUAUGCUCUGGCUCAUGCUCUGAACAGAAUGAAUCUGCAUAAAAAUAAAGAUAAAUCUUUUGAAUUAAAGCAAACACGACUCUCUAUGAGAAACCUUCAUUACACAGAUCCCACUGGAGAAGAGAUGACCUUCAAUGAGAGAGGAGAUCUGCCCUCUAAGUGGUCAGUUGCAAACUGUGUUAUAUAUAAAACUAACACAUCAUAUAAACUUGUUAUAAAGCCUGUGACCACCUUUGAAGAAUCAGAAGAUGACCAGGUUUCUAAUAUCAAAGCAGGAGAAAUCACGUGGAGAAAUGGCAUGGAUGUAAGCUUUCAUGAGCAGAUCACAAAAUCUCGGUGCAAUGACAGAUGUCCUCCUGGAUACAGAAAAGCUUUUAAUGGAGGAUUCCAUGUCUGCUGCUAUGACUGUGUCCCAUGUUCUGAGGGAGAAAUUUCUAAUACAACAGAUAGUGAGAUCUGCCAUAGAUGCCCUGAUGAAGAGUGGCCGGAUGAGAGAAGAGUGAGAUGUGUACCCAAAAUAUAUGACUUUCUGUCCUAUGAAAAGGACCUUGUGGUGCAAAUAUCUGCAGUAACAUCUUUAUCUUUCUCUGCCAUAACAUUAUUUAUAUUAGGGAACUUUAUUUAUUACUGGGACACCCCAAUUGUGAAAGCCAAUAAUCGGGCUGUAAGCUUCAUUCUCCUGGUCUCCAUCUUGCUGAGCUUCCUCUGUGUGUUCUUGUUCCUCGGCCGACCAGUGGAUAUAACCUGCAGACUCAGACAGACAUCAUUUGGGAUCUUCUUCUCCACAGCUCUCUCUUCUGUAUUAGCCAAGACGGUCACUGUCUUCAUUGCUUUCAAAGCCACCAAACCCGGCAGCUCCUGGAGGAAGUGGGUCACACUCAAAGUAUCUAAACAUGUGGUCAUUGUGUUCUCCUCUCUCCAAGCUCUGAUCUGUGGUAUCUGGCUGACUGUAUCUUCUCCCUACCAGGAGUAUGACCAUCACUCCUAUAAGGGAAUGAUCAUCAUUCAGUGUAAUGAGGGGUCAGUGCUUUGGUUAUACUCUAUGCUGGGUUACAUGGGGAUCCUGGCAUCUGUGAACUUUAUUCUGGCUUUCAUGGUGAGGACAUUACCGGACAGCUUUAAUGAGGCCAAGUACAUCACCUUCAGCAUGCUGGUGUUCUGCAGUGUCUGGAUUGCAAUGAUCCCGGCCUAUCUGAGCACCAAAGGGAAAUACAUGGUAGCUGUGGAGAUAUUCGCCAUACUGACCUCAUGUGCUGGAGUUCUGGGCUGUAUAUUUUUCCCAAAGCUGUAUAUUCUGCUUAUAAAACCUGAAUUUAACUCCAGAAAAACAAUACUGGGGAAAAAUAGUACAUAA